GUGUAAGUGUAGCAUGGCCCAUGGUUUAUUGAUUAAAGCAAAGUUGGGGAAAGAUGAAGACUUGAGAGAAAGGUCGUUUGGUCCCUACUUGCGUAUGCUACGUGUUAAGGUGCACUCAGCUCCAUCUCUUCUCUACGCCAUUGUAACUCAACCAGCAAAAGUGUUGAAAGCUUCACAUUGUAAAAUUCUGGCAAUGGAUAGUCUCUGUUUGAAGGCGGGGAUUCAGGGAAUUUCCCCGCCGGCCGCAGGAGUCGCUGCCGGAUUGGAAUCCCGCACCACUCUUCCGUCCCAUGUUGGUCCCUCCGCUGUCCGGCGGGCUUCGACGCCCCUGUCCGUGGACGAGCCCUCCUCCUCACACUGGCAUUCGCUUAAAUCCCUGUGGCCCAGAACCCGCUGCGACGCCGUUUCGGUCGACGGCUCAGUCUCGGUUGACGAAGAGGAGGUCGCCAGAGAUGCCCGGCCGAGCGGAAAUUGGGCCGCGAGGUUCCUCCGUUUGGGAUCCCCGCGCACGGAAAAGGAUGAAGCAAAACCUGACGCCGGAUUUGGCGAACCUGAUGCUGAAUUUCAAUGCGGAAGCGGUUUCACAGAUGAAGAAGAUCGCGAUGUCUGCCCUGUUGAUGACGAAGAUGAUGCCGAUGUAGGAUUCAACAGGGAUUCCUUCUCCAAACUUCUACGCCGGGUGUCACUCAGGGAUGCUAGAUUGUAUGCUCGAAUGGCAAAUCUGGGAAAUUUGGCUUAUUCCGUUGCCCAGAUCAAGCCUGAAAAUCUUCUAAGGGGUCAUGGGUUGCGCUUCAUCACCUCAUCGACAAAGAAGAAACAACUGGCAAAAGAAGCUGAGAAUGUGAGGGAAGUAGCGAAAGAAGAUAAACUUAAAAAGGGGAAUGAUGUUGCUAUAGUCGGCUAAAGGGGAGAAUGGAAUGAAUCUGAAAGAAAAUGGUGGGAAUGGGAUUCGGGCAUCUGCUGUUUACAGGGCAGCUUCAUACUUAUAUUCCCAUACAUCAGGCUUUCUAGCGUUCAAAUCUUCUCGGCCAGAUAGGGAUGAGCUUGAGAGGAGGUCCAUUGGGAAUACAGAUGUGGUGAAUGUGGAAGAAGUAGCUUCGUUUGUGGCCACUACUGAGUCAGUGACGUGUGUAGUUGCUGCAAAGGAGGAAGUGAAGCAGGCUUUUGCAGAUGAUCUUAACUCGACACAUUCAUCACCAUGUGAGUGGUUUGCUUGUGAUGAUGAUCUAAGUGCGAUAAGAUUUUUUGUCAUUCAGGGUUCUGAGACGAUCGAAUCUUGGCAAGCCAAUCUUCUCUUUGAACCUGCUCCAUUUGAGGGUCUAGAUGUGCCGGUGCACAGAGGUAUUUAUGAGGCCGCAAAAGGAAUGUAUGAGCAAAUUCUGCCAGAAGUGCGUGCACACAUUAAAUCCAGAGGCAAACGUGCCAAAUUCCGUUUCACUGGACAUUCGCUUGGUGGAAGUUUAUAAUUACUUUUAAACCUUAUGCUGCUGAUAAGAGGUGAAGUUCCAGUUUACUCUUUACUUCCUGUCAUAACUUUUGGUUCACCAGCGGUUAUGUGCAGAGGAGACCACCUCCUAAGAAAACUCGGAUUGCCUCAAAGCCAUGUCCAAUCAAUCACAUUGCAUCGAGACAUUGUGCCCCGAGCCUUCUCUUGCAAAUACCCCAAUCAUAUUGCAGAGCUUCUUAAAGCUGUCAAUUCUAACUUCCGCAACCAUCCAUGCCUGAAUAGCCAGAAACUGUUGUAUGCUCCAAUGGGAGAGGUUUUCAUCCUCCAGCCAGAUGAAGAAUUUUCCCCGAGCCACCACCUCCUCCCUGCAGGGACUGGUCUGUAUUUAUUAAGUUGUGCAGCAGGUGGCAAUGCCAGCAAGGCAGAGAAGCAAAUCCGAAGGGCUCAAGCUGUGUUUUUGAACUCACCACACCCACUUGAGAUACUAAGUGAGAGGGCGGCGUAUGGUUACGGAGGAACAGUGCAACGAGAUCAUACUUGAAAUCCAUCAGGGGAGUCAUUCAUCAAGAACUGAACCGCAUUAGGGAAUGCAGGAAGGAACACAUGAGAGUUUGGUGGCCUUUUGGUGGAGAAACAGACGGAUUUAAUGUUGUAAGGGCACCAUUAUCAUCAUCAUCAUCAUCAUCAUCUGAUAAGAUGGUUGAAAGAUGGGUUAAUUUUUCCGGGAUGUUGAGGACGGGAAAAGAGUCUGUAAAACGGUUCAGCAGGCUGGUUGCUUCCCAGCACAUGCAUUUGCUUGUGGUGCUUUUGCUUCCUGCCCGGUUACUUGUCAUUGAUUGCAGAAGCUUUUAGUCGCGGUGUGUAGAAAGGAAUGUGGAUUGAUUGGACCAUUUGUGAUUUGUUUGGUUCUUGAAGGAUAGGAUAAGAUGUCCUCUGGGUUUCAGAAGGGGGAGUACGCCAUUCUUUUGUAUGUAAACACGAUUCUUUGUAUGGAAGCUAUGUGCAUAAAUUUGUAUUGAACAA